GCACCAAGAUGGCGACACCCGCAGUCCCUCCCGCAGCUCCCCCCGCGCCGCAGUCCGGCAGCGCCGCGCCGGGGCCGCGCUGAGCCCGCCCGACACGAGCUGACCUGCCCGGGGUGCAACAUCGCAAAAGAAGYUGCUGCAGGAUGAAAAGAUGGCAGCGCGGCUGCUCGCACCACCAGGCCCCGAGAGUUUUAAGCCCUUCACUCCGGAGUCGCUGGCCAACAUCGAGAAGCACAUCGCCGAGCUGAAGAAGAAGCAGCGCUCCAAGCAGGACAGCAGCCACCGCGAUGACGACGAGGACAGCAAACCAAAACCAAACAGUGACCUUGAGGCGGGCAAGAAUUUGCCUUUCAUCUACGGGGACAUCCCCAAAGGGCUGGUUGCUGUGCCGCUGGAGGACUUUGACCCUUAUUAUAUGACCCAGAAAACCUUUGUAGUACUAAACAGAGGGAAAACACUCUUCCGAUUUAGUGCCACACCUGCCUUGUACAUUUUAAGUCCUUUUAAUCUCUUUAGAAGAAUAGCUAUUAAAAUUUUGAUACAUUCAGUAUUUAGCAUGAUCAUUAUGUGCACUAUUUUGACCAACUGUGUAUUCAUGACUUUUAGUAACCCGCCCGAAUGGUCCAAGAAUGUGGAGUACACAUUCACUGGGAUUUACACCUUCGAAUCUUUGGUGAAAAUCAUCGCCAGGGGUUUCUGUAUAGAUGGCUUCACCUUCCUGAGGGACCCGUGGAAUUGGUUGGAUUUCAGUGUCAUCAUGAUGGCAUAUGUCACAGAGUUUGUGGACCUUGGGAAUGUCUCAGCAUUGAGAACUUUCAGAGUUCUCCGAGCUUUGAAAACUAUCUCUGUGAUUCCAGGCCUGAAGACCAUCGUGGGUGCCCUGAUCCAGUCGGUGAAGAAGCUGUCGGAUGUGAUGAUCCUGACAGUUUUCUGUCUCAGUGUCUUUGCCCUCAUCGGGCUCCAACUCUUCAUGGGCAACCUGAGGAAUAAAUGUGUGAUUUGGCCAGUGAAUGUCAACGAGACCUUCUUGGAUAAUGGCUCCAGGGGCUUCGACUGGGAGGAGUACACCAACAAUAUGUCAAAUUUUUACAUCAUUCCUGGCGCCCCCGACCCUUUGCUCUGCGGUAACAGCUCGGAUGCAGGCCAAUGUCCAGAGGGAUACACGUGUAUGAAGGCAGGACGCAACCCCAACUACGGCUACACGAGCUUCGACACCUUCAGCUGGGCUUUCCUGGCUCUGUUUCGCCUUAUGACUCAGGACUUUUGGGAGAACUUGUAUCAAUUAACUUUACGAGCGGCAGGAAAAACCUACAUGAUUUUCUUUGUGCUGGUGAUUUUUGUGGGAUCCUUCUACCUGGUGAAUCUGAUUUUGGCUGUGGUGGCCAUGGCCUAYGAGGAGCAGAACCAGGCAACUCUGGAGGAGGCCGAGCAGAAGGAGGCAGAAUUCAAAGCCAUGUUGGAACAACUGAAAAAGCAACAGGAGGAAGCACAGGCUGCUGCCAUGGUCACCUCGGCCGGGACGGUCUCUGAGGAUGCAGUGGAGGAUGAUGGUGGGGGGAGGAUGUCCCGGAGCUCCUCAGAGAUCUCCAAACUCAGCUCCAAGAGCGCCAAGGAGCGUCGGAACAGGAGGAAAAAGCGCAAGGACAAGGAGCUGUCGGAGGGGGACGAGAAGUGCGACACUGAGAAGGUGUUCAAGUCGGAGUCUGAGGAUGGCAUGAGGAGGAAAGCGUUCAGGUUGCCGGAUAACAGGCUGGGGAGGAAGUUUUCCAUCAUGAACCAGUCUCUCCUCAGCAUCCCGGGCUCCCCUUUCCUGUCGCGCCACAACAGCAAGAGCAGCAUUUUCAGCUACAAGAGCCGUUUCCGUGACCCGGUGUCAGAGAACGAGUUUGCUGAUGACGAGCACAGCACGGUGGAGGAGAGCGAGGGCAGGAGGGACUCUCUGUUCAUCCCCAUCCGYGGCCGUGACCGGCGCAGCAGCUACAGCGGCUACAGCGGCUACAGCCAGGGCAGCCGCUCCUCGCGCAUCUUCCCCGCCCUGCGCCGCAGCGUCAAGAGGAACAGCACGGUGGAUUGCAAUGGAGUGGUGUCCCUGAUCGGGGGCCCGCCCUCCAGCAUGCCCGGGGGCCGCAUCCUGCCCGAGGGUACCACAGAAAUCGAAAUCAGGAAGAARCCGGGCGGGUCCCUCUUGGUGUCCAUGGAUCAGGUGAACGCGUCCUAUGGGAGGAAGGAUCGCACCAACAGCGUCAUGACGGGCUUGACCAACACCCUGGUGGAGGAGCUGGAGGAGUCGCAGAGGAAAUGCCCCCCUUGCUGGUACAAAUUCGCCAACACGUUCCUGAUCUGGGAGUGCCACCCGUACUGGAUGAAGCUGAAGGAGAUCGUGAACCUCAUCGUCAUGGAUCCYUUCGUGGAUUUGGCCAUCACCAUCUGCAUCGUGCUCAACACUUUGUUCAUGGCCAUGGAGCACCACCCCAUGACCCCCGAGUUYGAGCACGUGCUCUCCGUGGGCAAUCUGGUUUUCACUGGGAUUUUCACGGCAGAAAUGUUCCUGAAGCUCAUUGCAAUGGAUCCAUAUUAUUACUUUCAAGAAGGCUGGAACAUCUUUGAUGGGUUCAUUGUGUCCCUGAGUUUAAUGGAGCUGAGCCUGGCGGACGUGGAAGGGCUUUCCGUGCUGCGAUCUUUCCGAUUGCUGAGAGUCUUCAAACUGGCCAAGUCCUGGCCCACCCUGAACAUGCUGAUAAAAAUCAUUGGCAACUCGGUGGGUGCCUUGGGGAACUUGACCUUGGUGCUGGCCAUCAUCGUGUUCAUUUUCGCCGUGGUGGGGAUGCAGCUCUUCGGCAAAAACUACAAGGAGUGUGUCUGCAAGAUCAAUCCGGACUGUGAGCUACCCCGCUGGCACAUGCACGAUUUCUUCCACUCCUUCCUUAUUGUCUUCCGUGUGUUGUGUGGGGAAUGGAUUGAGACCAUGUGGGAUUGUAUGGAAGUGGCGGGACAGGCCAUGUGCUUGAUUGUCUUCAUGAUGGUCAUGGUCAUCGGAAAUUUGGUGGUGCUGAACCUGUUCCUAGCCUUGCUGCUGAGCUCCUUCAGCGCCGACAACCUGGCGGCCACGGACGACGACGGCGAGAUGAACAACCUGCAGAUCUCGGUGAUCCGCAUCAAGAAAGGCAUCGCCUGGACCAAGGCCAAGGUGCGCGAGUUCAUGCAGGCGCACUUCAAACAGCGCGAGGCCGACGAGGUGAAACCCCUGGACGAGCUCUACGACAAGAAGGUGAACUGCAUCGCCAACCACACCGGCGCCGACAUCAACCGCGACAUCGACUUCCAGAAGAACGGCAACGGCACCACCAGCGGCAUCGGCAGCAGCGUGGAGAAAUACAUCAUCGACGAGGAUCACAUGUCCUUCAUCAACAACCCCAACCUGACCGUGCGCGUCCCCAUCGCCGUGGGCGAGUCGGAUUUCGAGAACCUCAACACGGAGGAUUUCAGCAGCGACACGGAUCCCGACGGCAGCAAAGAGAAACUCGACGAGACCAGCUCCUCUGAGGGCAGCACCAUCGACAUAAAGCCUGAGGUGGAAGAAGUGCCCGUGGAGGCACCGGAGGAGUACCUGGACCCCGAUGCCUGCUUCACUGAGGGUUGCAUGCAGCGYUGCAAAUGCUGUCAGGUCAACAUCGAGGAGGGGUUGGGAAAAUCCUGGUGGACCUUGAGGAAAACGUGUUUCCUGAUCGUGGAGCACAACUGGUUUGAGACUUUCAUCAUCUUCAUGAUCCUCCUGAGCAGCGGGGCCCUGGCUUUCGAGGAUAUUUACAUCGAGCAGAGGAAAACCAUCCGCACCAUCCUGGAGUAYGCCGACAAGGUGUUCACCUACAUCUUCAUCCUGGAGAUGCUGCUCAAGUGGUGCGCCUACGGCUUCGUCAAGUUCUUCACCAACGCCUGGUGCUGGCUGGAUUUCCUCAUCGUGGCUGUCUCUUUAGUCAGCCUUAUAGCUAAUGCCCUGGGCUACUCGGAACUAGGUGCCAUAAAAUCCCUUAGGACACUAAGAGCCUUGAGGCCUUUAAGAGCGUUGUCCCGAUUUGAGGGCAUGAGGGUGGUUGUCAAUGCCUUGGUUGGCGCUAUCCCUUCCAUUAUGAAUGUCUUGUUGGUCUGCCUUAUCUUCUGGCUGAUUUUCAGCAUUAUGGGGGUUAACCUGUUUGCCGGGAAAUAUCAUUACUGCUUUAAUGAAACAGCUGAGCAUCGCUUUGAGAUAGAUGUUGUUAACAACAAGACCGACUGCGAAGCUCUGAUGCCGCCCAACUCCACGGAGAUCCGAUGGAAGAAUGUGAAAAUUAACUUUGACAACGUUGGGGCAGGAUAUCUGGCUCUGCUGCAAGUUGCUACAUUCAAGGGCUGGAUGGACAUCAUGUACGCAGCUGUAGAUUCCAGAAAGCAAGAAGAGCAGCCCAAGUACGAGGACAACAUUUACAUGUACAUUUAUUUCGUUAUCUUCAUCAUCUUCGGUUCCUUUUUCACCCUGAACUUGUUCAUCGGUGUCAUCAUCGACAACUUCAACCAGCAGAAGAAAAAGUUUGGAGGUCARGAUAUUUUCAUGACGGARGAGCAGAAGAAAUAUUACAAYGCCAUGAAAAAACUGGGCUCCAAGAAGCCUCAAAAACCCAUUCCCCGACCCCUGAACCGCAUCCAAGGCGCCGUCUUCGACUUUGUCACCCAGCAAGCCUUCGACAUCGUCAUCAUGAUGCUGAUUUGCCUCAACAUGGUGACCAUGAUGGUGGAGACAGACACCCAGAGCAAGCAGAUGGAGGACAUCCUUUACUGGAUCAACUUUGUGUUUGUCAUCUUCUUCACCUGUGAGUGUGUGCUGAAGAUGUUCGCCUUGCGGCACUAUUAUUUCACCAUCGGGUGGAACAUUUUUGACUUCGUGGUUGUGAUUCUGUCCAUCGUGGGAAUGUUCCUGGCCGAAAUCAUUGAGAAGUACUUCGUGUCGCCCACGCUGUUCCGCGUGAUCCGGCUGGCUCGCAUCGGCCGCAUCCUGCGAUUGAUCAAAGGGGCCAAAGGGAUCCGCACGCUGCUUUUUGCCUUAAUGAUGUCCCUGCCUGCCUUGUUCAACAUCGGCCUCCUGCUCUUCCUGGUCAUGUUCAUCUUCUCCAUCUUCGGCAUGUCCAACUUCGCCUACGUCAAGCACGAGGCCGGCAUAGACGACAUGUUCAACUUUGAGACCUUUGGCAACAGCAUGAUCUGCUUGUUCCAGAUCACCACGUCGGCRGGGUGGGACGGGCUCCUGCUGCCCAUCCUGAACCGGCCGCCMGACUGCGACCUGGACAAGGAGCACCCGGGGAGCGGCUUUAAGGGGGAUUGCGGGAACCCUUCGGUGGGGAUAUUUUUCUUUGUGAGUUACAUCAUCAUCUCCUUCCUGAUCGUGGUCAACAUGUACAUCGCCAUCAUCCUGGAGAACUUCAGCGUGGCCACGGAGGAGAGCGCGGACCCGCUCAGCGAGGACGACUUCGAGACGUUCUAYGAGAUCUGGGAGAAGUUCGACCCCGACGCCACGCAGUUCAUCGAGUACAGCAAGCUGGCGGACUUCGCCGACGCUCUGGAGCAUCCGCUGCGCGUCCCGAAACCCAACACCAUCGAACUGAUCGCCAUGGACCUGCCUAUGGUAAGUGGGGACAGGAUCCACUGUUUGGACAUCCUGUUUGCCUUCACCAAACGUGUCCUGGGGGACAGCGGGGAGCUGGACAUCCUGAGGCAGCAGAUGGAGGAGAGGUUCGUGGCGUCCAACCCUUCCAAAGUGUCUUACGAGCCCAUCACCACCACGCUGCGGCGCAAGCAGGAGGAGGUGUCGGCGGUGGUGAUCCAGAGGGCUUACAGGGCUCGCUUGGCACGGCGGGGCUUCAUCAGCCGACGGCCCGCGUCCACCAAACUGGAGAACGGGGGAGCAAACCGGGAGAAAAAGGAAGGAACCCCAUCCACGGCGUCCCUGCCGUCCUACGACAGCGUCACCAAACCCGAGAAGGAGAAACAGCAGCGGGCGGAGGAGGGCAGGMGAGAAAAGGCAAAGAGACAAAAAGACACCAGGGAAUCCAAGUGUUGAGACAGACACACAAAAAACAAAAAAUUUAAAAAAAAAAUUAAAAAAAAAAUAGUAGAAUUGUACGAAUUAAAAAAUAUUUGCAAGUGAAAAAAAAAAAAAAAGAUUGUUUACAAACUUCCUGAAAUAUAUCAAUACAGAACAGCUGUGGAGACACUUACCUGAAGAUCUUAUACCAAACAUAGUCUGCUUACUGUGUGACAGCGUUGCAUCUAAAGCAGUGACCUACCACCUGUUUAAAGGACCCUGUAAACAAACAUUUAAACACAAAAAAAAAGGAAAAAAAAAGGAUUUUCUAUUGUUUGGGCAGGUGGAUACUGCAUGUUCCACAUCAGUCAAUGCAACUUAGGACAAACAAGCAAAAUAAACCACACACACACACACACACACACACACAUGCACACAGAAAAACAGAACCCGCUGCUGGGAUCCAUGUAUUUUCCAAAGCAGCCCCAAGUGGAUUUUAUUUUCCCAUUUUGUUGGUUAUUCUCGAAAGAAAACCCAGAAGUCACGAUGUCGAUGGGUUCGUUCAUGCAAAACUAGAUUUGAGUUUAGUUAAGCGGCUAAAACAAAAAAAAAGAGAAAAAAAAAGGAGAAAAAAAAUGAAAAAGAGUUAAAACAAGCAGAACAAAAAAGAAAAAAAAGGAAAAACUAAAAAAAGCACCCAUUAAGCCCACCGAGUUCUCAUAAUUUAUUUGAAAUUUAUUCUUUGCAUUUUUUACUUUCUCCAUGGGCUUUACUUGGUUUGGGAGAUGGGGUCAAUCAGGUACCUUCAGCCUGGAGCCAGCUCAGGCUGAUCUCCCCCCUCCAAAAAAAAAAAAAAACAAAACCAAAAACCAACAAAGUGCUCGUUAACACGUAGAAGCGAUUUGCAUGACGGCAUGAGCAGGGACCAUGCAUGAGGAACCAUAACCACGAGACACGCAGUCACCUGUCCACAGGGUGUGUAAAGCCAUAAACGCAGGCACUCCACACUGAGAAUCUACCGCACACUGUAUCGAGAGGAACCUGAGUGAUGCUCCUGCCAGUGCGUCCCGGUUGGUAGAGAACGUGCCAGAAACCUGCCAGGAGAAGGAAAAACCCAACAAAACCCAAGGGAAUUGGGAAAAUCUCAGAUCUCCCAAGAAAAUGUAUUGAAAUGACCAAUAAAACACAACCGAACUGAAUGAGAACACCAAAACGCCCAAUAAAACCCAACUAAACUCAACAAAAAACCUGUAACGGCCAUUAAAACCCAACCAAACAACGAAAACACCAAAAUCCCCAAUAAAACCCAACCAAACUCAACAAAACCCCCCAAAUCCCCAAUAAAACCCAACCAAACUCAACAAAAACACCAAAACGUCCAACAAAACCCAACCAAACUCAACGAAAAACCCCAAAUCCCCAAUAAAACCCAGUCAAACUCAACUAAAACACCAAAACGUCCAAUAAAACCCAACCAAACUCAACAAAAACCCCCAAAUCCCCAAUAAAACCCAACCAAACUCAACAAAAAUCCCAAUGAAACCCAACCAAACUCAACAAAACCCUGUAACGUCCAUUAAAACUCAAUCAAACUCAACAAAAAUCCCAACAAAACCCAACCAAACUCAAAAAUGAACCCCAACCCCCAAUGAAACUCAGUGAAAACCCCCAAACCGCUAAAAAAAACCCAAACUCAACAAAAAAUCCAAAACCCCCAAUAAAACACAAUCAAAAACUCAACAAAACCCCCAACAUAACCCAACCAAACUCAACAAAAUCCCCAAAACCCCCAGCAAAACCCAACCAAACUCAACAAAAACCCCAAAACCCCCAACAAAAAACAACCAAACUCAACAAAAUCCCCAAAACCCCCAACAAAACCCAACCAAACUCAACAAAAACCCCUCAAGCCCCCAGCAGAACCCAACAAGCAGAUGAACGAAUCGUGUGUGUCUGUUUUAACGACUUUGACUUUCUUUUCCAUACAGCCAUGGGGUUUUUUUUUGCACACUGAAAUAGAACAAAAUUGCAAAUGCUGCUCUGGACCUCGCCCCAGGGGAGAGGAUAAAUCUGGGAAUGGCUUGUUAUCCAUGUCACUGUAAAUCCAAACCCCAGGGCUUCAAGCAGCCAGCAAGGUCAGUUCUAUCCUGCAAUAUUKAACGUCAAUACCAGUUCUUGUUCAGCCUCCAUCCUGCAGUGUAGACACUUCUUUUGGUAGAAAAUUAAAAAAAAAAUGCAGCGCGUUACAUCCGCUGGUUGGAAUUUGGGGAGCGAUCCCAGCCCUGGGGUGGGGGGGAUGGAUUUGGGAUCACUCUUGGAUCUGCCAUGGCCGUGGUGAUGGAUUUGGGAUCAUCCUGGGCUGAUCCUUGCCCCACAGGGAUGGAUUUGGGAUCACUCUUGGGUCUGCCAUGGCCAUGAGUGACUCCUGUUCCAGGGGGAUGGAUUUGGGAUCAUCCUGCGUUCUCCUGACCCCUGGUCCAGGAGGGUGGAUUUGGGAUCAYCCUGAUUCUCCCACGGCCGUGGUGAUGGAUUUGGGAUCACCCGGGGUUCUCCUGACCCCUGCCCCACAGGGAUGGAUUUGGGAUCACCCUCAGUUCUCCCAUGGGUGACUCUGCCCCACGGGGACACAGAUCUGGACACGGAGCCCUCCCCUCAUUCCCUGUUGGUGGCACAGCCCCUGCCCUGCUUUGGGGUGCAGCCAGGGGGGUUUUGGGGUGGCUGCAGCCCAGGAGGGCCCGGUGCCUUCCCCUCCCUCCUUUUUCCCCUCUGGCCCAGUCUCUGCCCAUGAGGGACCAUCAGGAGCUCCGUGUGCCCAUCCCAACCCUGUUUUGGGGUGUCCUCACCCUCCACCCCCUCUCAUUUUGGGGUGUCCGGGCAGAGCAGUGGCACAGAGGUGACAUUUGGUGACACCCAAACCAGCGGGACAAACAAAAAAAACCAAAAAAACCCAAAACCCCGAGACAGCAGAGCUGGAGAUGAGAGGAUGGAUCUGGAUUUGCAUAAUCCCAUAACCCAGAAAAUGCCAGGAAUCGCCUAAAAUCACCCAAACGCAAGCAGGAAGCCAUCCAGCAGCCAUCUGUGCCACCUGGGCAUCCUC